GUUCCUUCAUAAAAUAAUUGAUGGCAUAUGUGGCCGUGCGUAUCCUCGAUACCAGGAUUAUAGCAGUAUUUGGAGCUUGUCAGAGUGGAUGGAGGUUUUAGAAGAAACAAUGACGUAUUUCAGAACUGCAGUUGGCAAAAACAUACCUGAUGAAGAGGCUGCUCAGCAGAUAAAUGAGUUAAAUUCAAACUAUCAAGAAGCAAUCACAAAAUGUCUAAAAGGCAGAAAGGAAGAAAUCAGGAAUGCUCUAGUGGAAAGAGUAAAUGCAAUCUCUUCUGCCCAGCUGCAAGAUUUUGACUGGCAGUUAAAGCUUGCUCUCUCCAGCGAUAAGAUCUCCAUGCUGCAAAUGCCACUUCUCAAUCUUGAUUUGGAUGUGAGAGAAAAUGGUGAAAUUAAGCCAAUUUCUAUAGAGAUGAAUAAGGAAGAGUUGCAGAACCUCAUAAAUGCACUGGAAGCUGCUAAUAAGGUUGUCUUGCAACUGAAAUGAUGGCAUUCAGAUCACUGACGGUAUCUGCUGGCGAUGGCUCCAUGAUUGACUUGAA